UUUCUUUGUUAUUUUCCUGCUUUCCUCUUCCUUUUCUUUAAUCUUCUGGUUCCUUUUUGUUGUUCUUUUAUUUAUGUAUUUACCCCCUUAAUUAUGUUCUGCAAUCAUGUGGUUCCUUUUUCAGCGAUCCGUUUGGAAAAUGAUAGGGUUCCGUAUUCACACACUUAACGAGAACUCGAAAUGACUGAGUUUUGUGCUUUGCAGAUUGUAAUGCUUAGAUAAUUCGAACCAUAUAAAUCGUUUCGCUUAGUAAGGACUGAACCGAUUAUUGCUGUGGGAUAUGCAGAAGAAUUUAAUUAUUUAAUUGAACUUUUUUCCCAUUGAGAAUGAUUUAAUUUAAUGAUAGAUGAGUUGGGAGGUAAGAACAUUGUGUUUUGUUUGUUUGUGUUUUAUUUUAUUUUUUUGAAGCUGGAAACGAUAUAUCAUAUAGACUGUGCUUGGUUUGGUGGAAAGCUAUUUCUGGGAAAUUUCAGUGCGAAAAGGUAUUUCCCAUUUCAUUUUGGUCAGGUCCCGUCAGUGGGGAUUAUAGCUUAGUUGAGUUGACCUUCUAUAUUAUGGUUGGUGAGAAAAAAAUAUUAGAAUUGAAGAUUGCUUCCGGUGUAGAUUGGUAUUUUUCUCCGAUGUACACAAGCUGAGGUGACAUAUUUAUCAAGCUCAAUGAACAGGUAUAGAAUAAUAUAAACGGGGAAGUGAGUACAUAACAUAUAGUUGCCAUCUUUCUAAAGCAAAUGAAGCCGGCAGAAUAGGGUUAUUUUUUAGUAGACCAAACAUAUGUAUAAAAUUUAUGGACCUUUGGGUAUUAGCAUCUACAUGUUAUUCAGUUUAGCUGAGUAAAUAUACCUUUGAUGCACUUUAGGAUUGUUUAUCAUUUUUUCCCUACAUUUAUGUGAAAAGGUAAUAUAUUAAUUAGUAGAAUCUGUGUUUUUAUGAGUUUUUUGUUUCAAAUGAGUGGCCUAAGAGACUGGAACUACUUUUUUCCUUGUUGGCAGGACUGACAUUCUAAAACAAAUGGAGGGCUGCAGUUAAUGAAAUGGGUUAUGCAAUGAGUAGACUAGAGAUAGAAGCAGACCUCCGCGAUGGGAGGAAUACCAUCCAUGAAGACGGUAACAACCAAAGACCCAACAAGCCAUUGACACAUUUAGACCAUGAGAUUGCCUAUCUCACGAGGUUAAAAUCAGGACCCCACAAACGGUUAAGCCAAGUCAUACCUGGCAGGCAAGAGUUAACGGUUUCCACAGUGAAGAUGUUGGCUGGUCGAGAGUGUAAUUAUUCAGGAAGGGGGAGAUUCUCAUCAGCCGAUUGUUGUCAUGUCCUAAGCAGAUAUCUGCCAGUAAAUGGUCCUUGGCUAGUUGACCAACUGACCAGCCGAGCAUACGUCUCACAGUUUUCGGCUGAUGGUUCCCUUUUUGUUGCCGGAUUUCAGGGAAGCCACAUAAGAAUAUACAAUGUGGACCGAGGAUGGACGGUUCAGAAGAACAUUCUUGCGAAAAGUUUGCAAUGGACAGUUACUGAUACAUCUCUUUCGCCAGAUCAACGCCAUCUUGUUUAUGCUAGUAUGUCACCUAUUGUCCAUAUUGUUAAUGUUGGGUCCCCUGAAACAGAGUCUCUAGCAAAUGUUACGGAGAUCCAUGAAGGUUUGGAUUUUUCUGCUAAUGAUGAUGGAGGAUACUCUUUGGGAAUCUUCUGUGUCAAAUUUUCAACAGAUGGACGAGAAGUUGUUGCUGGAAGUAAUGAUGACUCCAUUUAUGUUUAUGAUCUUGAAGCAAAUAAGCUUUCUCUCAGAAUUUUGGCACACAAGUCUGAUGUGAACACUGUAUGUUUUGCCGAUGAAAGUGGCCAUCUCAUUUAUUCUGGGAGUGAUGAUGCUCUCUGUAAGGUGUGGGACAGACGUUGCUUUGUUGCUAGAGAUAAACCGGCAGGCGUGCUUAUGGGACACCUUGAAGGAAUUACAUUUAUCGACAGCCGUGGAGAUGGUCGUUAUUUAAUAUCAAAUGGAAAAGAUCAGACCAUAAAACUUUGGGAUAUCCGGAGAAUGUCUUCUAGUGUCCCAUGCAAUUCAGUAUUUAGGAGUUAUGAAUGGGACUACAGAUGGAUGGACUACCCACCGCAGGCAAGAGAUUUGAAACACCCAUGUGAUCAAUCAGUUGCUACAUAUAGAGGUCAUUCAGUCUUGCAAACUCUUAUUCGCUGCUACUUCUCCCCUGAAUACAGCACUGGUCAAAAGUACAUCUACACUGGAUCUCACAAUUCAUGUGUUUAUAUAUACGAUUUGGUGAGUGGAGCCCAAGUUGCAACACUCAAGCACCAUAAAUCACCUGUAAGAGACUGUAGUUGGCACCCUUACUACCCUAUGCUUGUUAGCUCCUCUUGGGAUGGGGAUGUUGUCAGAUGGGAAUUUCCCGGAAUUGGUGAAGCACCAACCUCCUCAAGCAGGAGGAGAGUUCGGAGGAGACACAUUUAAUGAAAGAUCACUUGUUAUGUGAGCAAGUUAUUUUGAUUAUAUCUGGUAAAUUCUUGUUGUUUGUGUAGUGGUUCAAGCUAUUUUUCAUCCUCAAAUAAGGUGUAACUGAGAAUGAUUGUAUCCUCCUAUUCACCAUGUAAAUACAACUUAAACUGAAGAUAUUGACCUUAUAUAGUUGUACAAAUUCAUGGAUAAUGGUUCACCAAAUGGACCAUUUUGCAAUGCAAAUACCUCUGCUGAAUAAUAUGGAUGCUCACCUCAUCUUUGUUUUAA